AUGUCGAAGAUGAAGCACCUACUAAGAAAGCUUCACAUCGGUGGAGGACUCAAUGAGCACCAAAGACUGGCCGAGACCCGACCCGAGACGAGUCCGAGCACGAAUCUCAACCCGACUGCUUCUUCGCCGGCGUCGUCCACGGGUUCGGCUACAAUGGGGAGAAUCACGGCCGUUGAAUCGGUGAGUGAUCGGACGGCUGGGGACGGUGGUAGCGGUGGGGGCGUGGAUUACAAUUUCUUGGAGGAGGAGUUUCAGGUCCAGUUGGCCUUAGCGAUCAGCGCUUCGGAUCCCGAUUCGCGCGACGACCCCGAUUCGGCUCAGAUCGACGCCGCCAAGCGGAUUAGCCUCGGCUGCCCGGCUACCGUCACCGACACUCAAGCCCCCUUCGAGAUUCUCUCACUUCGCUAUUGGAGCCAGAAUGUUGUAGAUUACAAUGAAAAAGUGGUCGAUGGAUUUUAUGACGUGUAUGGAAUGACCUCAAAUUCUCUUAGACAAGGGAAGAUGCCAUUGUUGGUGGAUCUUCAAGCUGUAUCUGUUUCAGAUAAUGUUGAUUAUGAUGUCAUAUUAGUUAACCGGUUGGUGGAUCCCGAACUGCAACAACUGGAGAAAAGAGCAUACUCUGUAUCUCUAGAGUCACGGAUUUCUCAACAUGGUGUCCUUUUAAGUGGAUUAAUUCAGAAAAUUGCUGAUAUUGUUGUUGAUAGAAUGGGUGGUCCAGUUGGGGAUGCUGAUGAAAUUUUGAGAAGGUGGAAAGUGAGGAGGUACGAGUUACGGAGUUCGAUGAAGACUAUCAUUCUUCCCCUUGGACUUAUUGAUGUUGGACUUUCACGCCACAGGGCGCUGCUCUUUAAGGUACUGGCUGAUAGGAUAAAUCUUCCAUGUAUGCUGGUCAAAGGUAGCUACUACACUGGUACUGAUGAUGGAGCUGUAAACUUGAUUAAAAUUGAUAGUGGAAGUGAAUAUAUUAUUGAUCUGAUGGGUGCUCCUGGAACGCUAAUUCCUGCUGAGGUGCCCAGUAGCCAGCUACCAAAUUCUUUCUUUGCCAUAAGGAGCUUUCAAGAUGCCACCGAAUUGCCCAAAGAUAUGUAUUUGUUGCAAGCUGAAGGCACUGGAACGUUGGCAGUUCCACCCGAUCUUGACAGACUUUCUAGAGUUGGCAGCUCACAGUCAGAAGAAGCAUCAUAUGUAGGUGUUCUAACAAAAAAUGAUAGAAGCGUUGUUGAAGAAAAUCAAACUGAGAGUUUGAGAAGUGAGAUUGGGACUCCUCUUAGAUCACUUCGUAAAUCAUGUGAAAGUUCAUCCGGCACAUCUGAGAAAGCCACAUCUGCGCAAAAAAGGAAAGUGAAAAAUGUGUCAAAGUAUGUCAUCAGUGCAGCAAAGAACCCAGAAUUUGCACAGAAACUACAUGCUGUAUUGUUGGAGAGUGGUGCAUCACCUCCCCCAGAUUUAUUUUCAGAUAUGAAUCCUCAAUAUCUGGACGAAGCUAAAUUGCUUGAUCAAAUCCAUGCAAAUGGGAAACUUGUAGAUGAUGGGAUUCAUAAUUAUCUGGUUCAGUUAUUAUCAGGCAACGAGCAAUCCACUCAAGCUGCUGCUGCAGUGAGCUAUGAAAAUUUUGAUAACUUUCUAAAACAAUCUGCCGUGGACUUAGCAGAGCAACGAAAUGAAUUGGAGACAAACAAUUUUUCUCUUCCCUCUGAUACUGUUGAUGAGGGAUUUGUAAUUGUUUCUGGUGGAACUAGUGAAACAACCCAGAUCGGUGCUAAAAGUUCAGAUCCUGUUCUUGUUAGUCCCCCAGGAAUGAAUUCAGAAGCUUUUCAUGAGGAUAAAAGCCAUGAACUUUCCUUAUCUAAACCAAUAGAAACAGCCAAUAGUGGCCUGUGUACUAGUUGCGAUAGUCACUAUGAGAGGUACCCAGCACUGGGAGAAGUUGCAGAGUGGGAAAUUUUAUGGGAGGAUCUUCAGAUUGGUGAGCGCAUUGGCAUUGGUUCAUAUGGCGAGGUAUAUCAUGCAGAUUGGAAUGGCACUGAAGUAGCUGUGAAAAAAUUUUUGGAUCAAGAUUUUUCUGGUGAUGCUUUAGUUCAGUUUAAAUGUGAAGUAGAAAUUAUGUUAAGACUUAGACAUCCCAAUGUUGUCCUUUUCAUGGGGGGCAGUUACUCGCCCUCCCCAUUUCUCUAUCCUGACAGAGUAUCUUCCCAGGUUGAUUUCCUUAUUACUUGUCCUUUAUCAGAUUUGGGGAGUUUAUAUAGAUUGCUGCAUCGUCCCAAUUCUCAACUUGAUGAAAAGAGGCGAAUGCGAAUGGCUUUUGAUGUGGCCAAAGGAAUGAAUUACCUGCAUACUAGCCAUCCUACUGUUGUGCAUCGAGACCUGAAGUCUCCAAAUCUCCUUGUUGAUAAGAAUUGGAAUGUGAAGGUUUGUGACUUUGGGUUGUCACGUACAAAGCACCAUACUUUUCUGUCUUCGAAGUCUACUGCUGGGACGCCCGAGUGGAUGGCACCGGAAGUUUUAAGGAAUGAACCAGCUAAUGAGAAGUGUGAUGUGUACAGUUUUGGUGUCAUCUUAUGGGAACUGGCUACUUGCUGUGUCCCAUGGAAAGGAUUGAAUCCAAUGCAGGUUGUAGGAGCGGUUGGAUUCCAAAAUAGGCGUCUUGAAAUUCCAGAGGACAUGGAUCCAGUGGUUGCUGAGAUAAUACGUGAUUGUUGGCAAAGAGAGCCAAAUCUACGGCCUUCGUUCUCGCAACUCAUGGUCCGUCUCCGACGUCUUCAACGCCUUGUUGGAAGAACAAACUCUACAAAUCAAACGACUGAAUAA